CUUUACCGGCAUUUCAGCGUUUAACCGCCGGCAAGCGAGAGUGUUCUCCUCUUAUUUAUUUAUUUAUUGUCGAAGACUUGUCUUAUUUUCAAGAUGCUGUGCCUGUGCCUUUAUGUGCCCGUCCAUAAUUCAGAUCAGGUCGAGGUGGAGUACUUUGAAUCGAACGGAUUACCGUCCGAGCUGAAGUCGCUGAAGUCCCUCAGUGUGCUUCUACCUUCGCAGGAAUUCUCUACGUAUCGAAAGUGGAGGAAGAAAACCAUGAAAACUGAAGAGAAGGAGCAUAAUGGACAGCUGGACUUUGAAGAGUUUGUUCACUACCUCCAAGACCACGAGAAAGACCUGAAGCUCGUCUUUAAAAGCCUGGAUAGAAAGAUUGCUGGUCACGUGAACGCCAGUGACAUUGUGAACUCACUGCGAGAUCUUGGCGUCCAUAUUUCCCUCCAGCAAGCGGAGAGAGUCCUUCAAAGGGUUUGUUUGCAGAUCUUCGAUGUGGGAGAGAACAUGAUGGUCCCAGAUGAGUUUACCUCAGAGGAGCACAUGACGGGGAUGUGGUGGAGACAUCUGGUCGCUGGUGGAGGAGCUGGAGCGGUUUCCCGAACCUGCACUGCUCCGCUCGACCGUCUUAAAGUCCUCAUGCAGGUGCAUGGAUCUCAUGGAAACAACAUGUGUAUCAUGAGUGGUCUCACCCAGAUGAUCAAGGAAGGAGGGAUACGUUCGUUAUGGAGGGGCAACGGCAUCAACGUCAUCAAAAUCGCGCCCGAGACGGCCCUCAAAUUCAUGGCUUAUGAGCAGAUCAAACGGCUGAUGGGAAGCAGUCGGGAAACUCUGGGGAUCACCGAGCGCUUCCUAGCAGGUUCCCUGGCCGGAGUCAUCGCCCAGAGCGCCAUCUACCCCAUGGAGGUUCUGAAAACCCGUCUGGCGCUGAGAAAGACGGGCCAGUACAAGGGCAUCUCGGACUGCGCCAAACACAUCCUGAAGGGCGAGGGGGUUUCUGCGUUCUACAAAGGCUACAUCCCCAACAUGCUGGGCAUCAUCCCGUAUGCUGGCAUCGACCUGGCCGUCUAUGAGACGUUAAAGAACACUUGGCUCCAGCGCUAUGGGACGGAGAAUGCGGAUCCGGGUGUGUUUGUGCUGCUAGCCUGUGGUACGGUUUCCAGCACGUGCGGCCAACUCGCAAGCUACCCGCUAGCUCUCGUACGAACACGCAUGCAGGCGCAAGCUGCGGUUGAAGGCGCGUCUCAGGUCUCAAUGACAGGACUCUUCAAGCAGAUCAUGAAGACCGAGGGCCCCACGGGUCUCUAUCGGGGCCUGACGCCAAACUUCCUGAAGGUCAUCCCGGCCGUCAGCAUCAGCUACGUGGUGUACGAGCACAUCAAGACGACGUUAGGCGUGCAGUCAAGAUGAGGCUGUGAAUCUCGAGGCUUUGAGCCUUGCGGUGUGGAGGCCAUCUCAUUCUGUGAAUGUGAGCGAGGAUGCUGCUAACGAAUAUCUCUAUUUAUUUAGUGUUCUAGAACAGUAAAAAUGAAGUUCGGAAGCUGAAAUCAGGGACCAGUGUUUAUU